AAAAUAAUAAUCCGGCCCCAGUCAUUGCCCAGUUUCUAAAACUUAAUCACAUGAGAUCAGAUCAAUCGAAGGGAGACGCUCAGGCGUUACGCUUAAGCAUCCGCCCCACCGCCGUCGACCCAUCCGCCUGUCUCCCACGCAGUGGCUCAAAUGCUCAGUCGGCUCAGUCGCUAAGAUGCCAGCAGGCCGCCACCCCGCCGCUUCUUCCUGACAGCGCCACCCCGCUGCCACACAGCUAAUCGCCCAUUCGCCCCCACUCCCAGCCAAGGCUUUAUUGUUUUUAAAGGAAGUAGUCAGGUACAUACAACACAUCAGAAAUGAAAGUACUCUUACCAUUCCUGCAAGAUGAUCGAAUGUUAACAAAUUGCAGAAGCUUGAAAGGUACUUAGUUCACCCAAACUACACGGACUGAAACUCUCCAAAUGUUCUGCAAAAGUGUGUUACGAGCUAGACCAAUAAUCACACACCUCCAAAGCUUAAACACGACUAGUUUUCCGGCCACCGUUGAGCUUGACGCCGUUCUCCAGAGGUUGUGUGUAAGGCCAACAUAUGACAAUCUUGUCGAAACCCUUUCAAUUUUCUACUCUUCAAAGUCAAAUGAUUCUCACUCCUACCGUGCUUACGCCAUUCUUUUCCACGCCUGUGCUCGACUGUGCUGCAUAGAUGUUGGUCAAGCUCUCCAUCAACACAUGAUCGCACACAACCCGAUUGCCUUCCAUGACCUUUAUACUGCCAAUCACCUUCUGAACAUGUAUUCAAAGUGCCGCCAAUUGGACCGUGCCCACCAACUGUUUGAUCAAAUGCAUUGUAGAAAUGUUGUAUCUUGGACCUUGCUUAUUUCCGGUUACGCCCAUUGUGGGAAAGCUGAUGUAUGUUUCAGCUUGUUCUGCGAUAUGCUAGCUCUUGACAAACCUAACGAUUUUGUGUAUGCUAGCUUGCUUUCAACAUGCGAUGGUUUCCGUGGUAGGCAAGUGCACACGCACACACUGAAAACUGGUUAUAACUCCUUUGUUCAUGUGGCUAAUGCGCUGAUUGGGAUGUAUUCCAAGAAUUUUGAGAUGAGUGUAUGCAAUGAUGGCAAUGAACCUUGGAUGGUUUUUAGUGAUAUGGAGUUUCGUAAUCUUGUUUCUUGGAAUUCAAUGAUAGCAGGUUUUCAUAAGAGUGGCCAAGGUGACAAGGCUAUGAGAUUUUUCAUAAUGAUGCAUUCUGACGGUAUGGGAUUUGACCGGGCCACACUGGUCACUGUAUUUUCUGCGUUGUGUAAAGUCCUUGAUGAUCUUUCUUGGAGCCUUAAAUUUUGUUCUCAACUGCAUUGUAUUAGCUUAAAGACCGGGUUUGUGCUAGAUGUAGAGGUUGUGACCGCCUUGAUUAAAGCAUAUUCCUCCUUUCUUGAAGGAAAUGUUGAUGAUUGUUACAUGUUGUUUCUUGAAGUUCGUGGGUGUGGAGAUAUCAUUUUGUGGACUGAAAUUAUGGCAACGUUUUCUCAAAAAGAACCUGAGGUAGCUCUUUUUCUCUUCAGUCAGCUACAUAGAGAAGGGUUGGUUCCAGAUGGCUUUGCUUUUUCUGUUGCACUAAAAGCUUGUGCUGGAUUCGUGACGGAAAGAUAUGCCUCGAUGUUGCACUGCCAAUGUAAAAAGUCUGGGUUUACAGAUUAUUUAGUGCUUCAAAAUGCACUCAUGCAUGCAUAUGGAAGAUGUGGCUCAAUCACUGAGGCUAGGCAGGUUUUUGAUGAGAUGAGUUUAAGGGAUACAGUUUCAUGGAACUCCAUCUUAAAAACUUAUGCAUUCCAUGGGAAACAGAAGGAGGCACUGGAGUUGUUCGAGAACAUGGAUGUUGAGUUUGAUGCAACAACUUUUGUUGCUUUGCUCUCUGCUUGUAGCCAUACUGGGAUGGUUGAAGAAGGGACUAGGAUAUUUAAUAGCAUGUCUGCUAAAUAUGGUAUUGCUCCUCAACUUGAUCACUAUGCCUGUAUCGUUGAUCUACUUGGCCGGGCUGGGAAGAUUUUUCAGGCGGAGAAGAUGGUAAGAGAGAUGCCUAUGAAGCCAGAUUGUGUUGUGUGGAGUGCAUUACUUGCUGGUUGUAGGAAACAUGGUGAAUACCAACUGGCCACCAUUGCUGCUUCAAAUUUGAAAGAGCUGGACAGAGGGAACUCGUUAGGUUAUGUUUUAAUGUCAAACAUAUACUUUUCUUCAAAUGAUCUUCAUGAAGCAUGUCUCCUAAGGAAGCAAAUGAUAGAGGCUGGAGUUCGAAAGGAGCCUGGAUUGAGCUGGACUGAAAUUGGUGGCAGGAUACAUGAGUUUGCUUCUGGUGGCCAAAGACACAACCUUGGAGAAGCUAUCCGUGCUAGUCUUCAGGAUCUUGUUAAACAGAUGAAGAAAUUAGGGUAUACUCCUAUGACAACUCUGGUCCUGCAUGACAUAGAAGAGGAGCAUAAAGAGGAACAACUGUACUACCAUAGUGAGAAGCUGGCUCUGAUGUUUGUAUUGAUGCAUUCUGAUGACCCACACUGCAAAUCGGGUGUCAUUAGGAUAAUGAAGAAUAUCCGUAUUUGUUUAGAUUGCCACAACUUUAUGAAAUUAGCUUCAGGGCUUGUUCAGAAACAGAUUGUCGUUAGAGAUUCAAACCGUUUCCAUCAUUUUACAAGUGGGGCGUGUUCUUGCAAUGAAUAUUGGUAAAUUGCUCCGGCGCUGCUUCCCCUAUCCGAUACCAUUAUGGUAUUAUUAGUAAAUGACCACAAUAUUGGAAUGGUUCUACAGCAAGACUAUCAUAAUUGUGCAACAAUACAACACUGAUGUUUAGACCUGCUCUUUAUAUAAAAACCGGGUAGAACACCCACCAUCUUGCCUUCCAGAGGACAGCAGCUAACAAGGGAUAAAGCUUCUCUUGGCUGUCCUCAGCUGCAUUGUUUCCAGGGGAGAAUCCAAAGGGGCAGGAGGUCAAUCACCCACCUCAACCCCACUUCACCCCAAUUCUGUCAAUACAUGCAUGGCUAUAUUAAGGAAUGGGACAAAUGCACAAAUGUCUUUAACCAUCACCAUCAUAUUGUUUUGGUUUCUAAUUAAUAAAUCAAUCAUUUUAGUUUUUAUUCUAUUUAUUCUGUAGUGAAAUUAACUGUUCAAGAUAUUGCAUCUAAAAGUCACGUUUGUAUAACAACAAUAUAUUUAACGCAUUGACCGCUUGAAAAAUAUCCACCUCAAGAAAAACAUUAAAUAUUUUUUAUGGUAGAAAAAAGUCAGGCCUAUAAUGCCAUCAUCAAACCACAUUUAUAUUUAGGGAAAAUUGCCCUAAAUAGGAGUAAACAACUUUGAAAAUUCCAAAAUAGGACCACUAUGUUUUUCUUCCUGAAAUAGGAGUCGUUACUAUCAUGAUUGAAAAAUAUUGCCUUGAUUUAAAAAUACUGCCAUUAAUUAUAAUAAAUACUGCCAUGUAGAAUGCAUAGUACUGCAACUUUUUGACAGUCAUGACUAAAAGAUGGCAGUAAAUACUGACAUUUUACUAUCUUAGUACUAUUACAGGAAGAAAAUUUGUUCGUGCAAUGUGUUCGAUCAAAUAUUUGAGAAAAUUUGUUCUGUACUAGUCUGGCCCCUUCGUGUCAUAAUAUGUGUUUCAGUAGGCUUUCCAGGUAAUUUAAGAUUAGAGUUUUUUCCAUUUUCGGUCCCUCGACUAUUGUGUCAGUGACACUUUUGGUACUCGACUUUUAAUUUUUCCAUUUUUAGUCCUCAACUUUGGUGUUAGAGACACUUUUAGUCCUCGACUUCAAAGUGUUCCACAUUUAGUCCUUUGAUAUUAUCAAAUUGACACUUUUAGUCCUUCCACUAUGAUUUUGACACAAUAAGUGACGGACUAAAAAUGUCACUGUUAUAAUAGUUGGAGGACCAAAAGUGUCACUUUUAUGUAAGUCGAAAGACUAUAAAUGGAAAUUUUCAAAGAUGGGUACCAAAAGUGUCUCUAGUAUAAUAGUUGAGGACUAAAAGUGGAAAAAAUCAAAGUCGAGUACCAAAAGUGUCAGUGACAUAAUAGUCGAAGAACUAAAAGUGGAAAAAACUCUUUAAGAUAACUUAUAAGUUUAUGUACGGUACAUUAUAGCAGUAAUGUACUACUUGUAUACUUUACUAAAGUGUACUGUAGCUGCUUUUGGGUUGUUUUUUUUCUUUCCAAAAAUGAAAAUGUGACUAAUAUUCUAAUACUGCCUAAAAAGGAAUAUGUGGCAUAUAUUAUGAUACAGAGGCAGUACUUAAUAGAAACAUAGAUGUUGGAUAUUAUGUUUUGUUUUGUUGAUGACUAAGGAUGUUUUCUUUUGGACUGAAAUUUGCUGGUCUGGUCUGAUCUGGUCUGUUUAAGUCUGGUCUGGUCUGGUCUGGGAUUGAAAACAGUCCAAAAGAAAACAUCCUAAUUCUAGGUGCCAAACUGUAAAGUUACAUGAUUCUAUAACUGUUCUUUUAUUAGUAUUGAACUAUGGGUGGAACAGGUUCUAGAUGCCAAUCGCACAAUUGAUUGACCAUAUAUUAGUGAUCAUAUGCUUUCCAUAUUUGUUAGCAAACAAAUAAGUGUUUGAGUAACCAUAUAAUCUAUCUUUAAUGUGGUCCUCAUAUGCCAAGGCUAUAAUGUGAAAGGAUCGAUUGUAAUCAUGGAGAGGAUUCCAAUAUCUGUGCAUGGAAGGAAAGGCUUUUAAAGUGAUGAAAUCACCUUCAAGAAGGUAAGUCUCGAAAGUGGAGAACACGGGUAUACAAGGAAGCAGUGGCGGAACCAGGGGUGCAAGCCGGUGCCCCCCCCCCCCCCCCCCUCGCCGGAAAACAUAAGGUAUAUAUAGGUCUGUUAUACGGAGCCCCAGGCUUAUCUUCUUCCUUGCUGCUGUGCUGCCCCGAGGAUGGAGCGCACUCGACCGUCAGCAGAUUUUAUAUAUUUAAUUUGGGUUAGCUAGGUUGCAAGGACACCAUUGUGUCUAGUCAAUAAUGUGGGGGAAACGUUGCUGCAGAAUCAGCAAAUCAGCAAGGUCCAAGUGUCCAUUUCCGUCCAGCAAGGCAGCGAGUGAACAACUUGUUUCUAAGAGAGUAAAAGUAACGGCACAGUUUCGAUGCAGAAGGCUUUGGAUGAACUAUGAUAUUGAUAUAGGGUUGCUGAAGCAGAGAAGAUGGCUAUAGCUACGGCGGUCAGCUGUGAUCUGAAACUGAAGCUCCUCAAGCCUCAAUUUCACAACUCUCAAAAAUCAAGUGAUUUGAGGUUUGAUCAAGGCAUGUGAUGAAGCAAAUUAUGGCAUGCAAUGGAUUCAGAUAAUCAAGAAUGAGAGAUUUGAAACAAAGGAUAGCCGAAUACUCCAUUCUUGCAAUUAGUUAUUUUGUAAAGUUAAUGUUCAUGUAUUGAAUAUGAUAGUGUAAUUACUGUUGUUGGUGUUUUCAAAGUGUAUCUUUUGUAUUAAGAAUCUUUUGUAUUAAGAAAAUGACUUCUGAUUUUGUCAAAGAAAUUGAAGUUCUACUAUUAAUACCUGU